AGCUAGUUUAGCUCAAACGAUUUUUCAGUUGAGCACUUUGUAAGUGAUUAAAUCGGAGGGAGAGCAUGCCGAGUCGCCACCUCGGCGCCGCUUGCCAGCGCGGCGUAAAAUUCUUAUGCCUCGCGGUCGGCAUCACCGCCUCGGCCAGCGGCGUCACCAUGGACAUCAAUGAUACCUCCGUGCUCCGAGUUGCCAUGAUAUCGGACCUGCAAGCUACCAGCAAGGAUGAGUCAUCUUUCUCAACUGGCUUGAAGUUUGGCAUGCAGUACAUCAGAGACCAUCUGGGCGGAAUGUCCGUGGGAGGGGCAUCAGGGCCAAAGCUCCAAAUCGAGGUGAUCGAGUACGACUCAAUGGGCGACACAACCAACAGUGGGCAAGUCGCCGAUAUGGUCGCGCUGGCUGCCAACGGCCUGGACAUGAAUAGCAACCCAGUGGGCGACAUUGAUGUGAUCGUGGCGGCCACAAGCUCGACGAACGUGGCCGUAAUCAACAGUGCCGAGGAUGUGUUCAUCCCGAAUGUCCACGCCGGCGGCGGGAAUCCCGCCAUUUGGACCACCGACAACACCUACGCGUUCGGCAUGCACCUACCGUUCCCCGAGUACACCAAGGGGCCGAUGAAGCUUUUCCAGCUGCAUGGCAUGAAGACCAUUGGCAUCAUCAGAUCCGAGAGCUUUGGCUUUGCCAAAAUCUCCACAGUUCACGCGCUGAAAUGGGCGCAGCAGGCGAAUCUCACAGUCGUGGGGCCUACUGCUGACUGGUGCAUCAGCAACGCCGACUAUUACAAUACCUGCAGGCUCGUUGACGGCAAGUGCCGCUGCGGUGAGCAGGACAUCGCCGACGAUUUCAAUUUGGGCAUCACGGUCACGGACGGGCCCACAUUCUACGAAAUCGUGGAUGACGGUAGUAAGCCUGGGCCCUGCACAGCUAGCGGGGACUGCUCACGAGGACUGCACAACACGAACCUCACGAAUUUCCACAGGCGCGCUAUCCAGGACAUGAAGAGGCAGGGCGUUCCAGACGUUCUCCUGAACUUCGCCCACGGGUACCACAACGUCGUGCAGGCCAUGGUGGAAGAGGAAUUCGCUCCCAAGGUCGUGGUGGGCUGGCAGGGUGGAACGACAACGAGCUGGGCCAUGGAGGCUACGGACACCUUGCAGAAGCCGCACGGUUACUGGAACGUGGGGUUUGGCCAGUGGCACAAGGCGAUGGCCUACACCGACCCCGUGUUCGGAUCCACGGCAGAAGCAGUGGAGAAAUUCGAGAGUGCGGACUACAGCGCGUUCCACAGCGGGAAGGACGGGAGUGAGCUGGGCUACGACACGGCUGGAGGAGUUGCCACGGCGGUGGUGCUGUACCAGGCUUUGAAGCAGUACGUAGAUGCGGACUUCGUAAACAUGUCGAAGCAGGAAAGGCGCGAUGCGCUCCGAAACGGGAUCGGCGACAUGAAUGAUGAGACAAUGUGGGGGGUCGUCCGCUUCAACCGCUACAACCAGAACAAUGGCCGCGGCACAGCUGCUUUUCAGAUCGUAGCUGAUACUACCAAGUGGCCAGUCUCGGACGCGAAGCAAUUGUGCAUCCUGCCAUCUGACGCCGCGGAGACUUCUCUCGUGAUACCGUUCGCCACUUGGGAUUCGCGCUUCACGGGCUGCUCGAACGGCACGUACAACACCGGGGCUGAGUGUGAGCCUUGUCAGGCGGGCAAGGCGAUGUCCGCUGAGUCGCCUGGCUUUUUCGUGGAUGGGGAAGAGCCGUUGAGAGACUGCGAGGAGUGCGAGCAGGGUAAGUACCAGACCGAUGUUGGGGGGGCGAUGUGCCUCGACUGCAGCGCCAACUCCUAUUCGAGCGCCACUGGCAUGUCCGCCUGCACCCAGUGUUCCGCGGGCAGAAUGCAGCACCUCACCGGACAGACGAGCUGCUACAAUUGCGCGAAGGGUACUUUUUCGAACGUGACCCUGGACGAGUGCGAGCCGUGCGCGGCAGGCACGUAUGCGGAUUCCACCGGGAUGGAGGCGUGCUUGGCAUGCCCCAGCGGUAAAGCGAUCGGCGAGCCCGGACAGUCCGCCUGUAUGAAUUGCGCGCUUGGCAAGAUCGCGAUUACGAUGGGGAUGGUUGAAUGCGAUGCGUGCCCAGGCGAUCUGACGACGCAGUACCCUGGUUCGACACUGUCGAAGGAAUGCCAGUGUCCAGAGGGCAAGUACAGGGACAAGGCCGACCGCACAUCUUGCCGCGACUGCCCUGAAGGGAUGACCUGCGCCUUCGGGUCAGACGAGAUCAACUGGGACCUCGCAGGCUCCCGCAGGCUGACGAUGAGUGACGCGGGCCCUACGACACCGCAGCUGCAAUCGGGCUUCUUCUCGGCAGAGUCGUCCCCACUUUCCGUCUACAAGUGCCCGCUCGAGGACGAAUGCUCUUGCCCGGGAGGCGACCCUGGAGACUGCUCUGGGGAAGGAGAGAAGGCGCGCGUGGGCCUGCUCUGCUUCGACUGCCAGGAGGGCUUUGUGCGCACGGAGUGUGGCUGCGAGGAGUGCUCGCCCAUGAGUAUGGUUGGCAUCGUCGUGCUUCCCAUUAUCGCCUUCGGUGGCUGCAUCGUGCUGUACUACCUCGGGAACUCCACAUACAGCAUUAAAGGAUCCAUAUCUUUGACGUUCUUCAUAUUCGCGGGGUUAGUGAUCACCGUACUCUGGUUGUGCGCCAUCAUGAACGAUCUCGCGGUUCCCUGGCCAAAGGCGCAGAAGUCGGUUUUCAAGGCGUUGUCGAUCUUCGCACUGAACCCAGACGCGUUGAGACUCGAGUGCAGCAUCGGCACAGACCCAGUCCUGUCGUACACAUUGCGGUGCGCCCUCCCGAUCGCCAUCAUCCUCGCGGUCGUGAUUUGCCACGGUGUUUCCAAGGCGGUCGCCCUCGCCAAGCCGGCGCUAGGUUGGGAUGUCAACAAGUCGAUCAACACCGUCGGGGCAAUUUUCCAGGCUUUGUUCAUCCUAAUUGUGGUGAUCGGCGUCACGCCGCUGAACCAUUACUCCCACCCGAACGGCAUGCAGAGCUUGGUCACCUCCCCGACGGUCAUGUAUGGCGAGUCUGGUGACUGGGAGGUCUUUCUGGGACUUGGUAUUGUCGUGCUGAUGGUCUUUGUGGUCCCGUUCUUCGCCAUCACCGUGUGGGCGACCGUGAAAGCGCCACAACUCAUGACGCAAGAGUCCUUUCCUAUUCGUUUCCGCUUCUGGCUGUAUCGUUUCCGUCCAGACUGCUGGUGGUGGGGUAUCCUGCUCAAUGUGCGGCAGCUCCUUCUCGCGUUCGUCUCAUCGGUGCCGGCCGACGAUCCGCACUCACAGUCCACCUACUUUGUGAUAGUUUUGGGGGCGUACCUGAUCCUGCAGACGAGGUAUUGGCCAUGGAAGAACCAUGAAUUGAACAUGGCGGAGGCCUCUUUGCUGGCACUGGUCAUGUUCAUGAUGAAGUCCGUGACGGCCUUCAUGCCGACCUCAACUGAAGACCACCAUUCCGGAUUGCUUACGUUCUUCAUGGUGCUGGUUGUGGUGGAGAUCAAUGUCAUUUGUGCACUGAUUGGUUGGGCGUUCUACAACAAGGUGGAUUUGGGCGCAGAGUUUUCGUUCCGCACUGGGGAGAACUUGCAAGAGAAGCUGGCCGUCCAGUGGCAGGAGCUCGUGAAAGUGUGCCACAAUCUCGAUGACGGGGAGACGAAGGGCAUCUUCAAAGGCAUGAACAGCUACGAUGUCCAGACUGUCCUGCAGUCCAUCAACGCCUUCCACGCAGCAGCGCCACAAACCAUUCCACAGGUAAAGACGAACAGUCUCAUGAACGACAUGGCGUUGACGCGCGUCAUCUCCAAAACAGAGGUACAGGCAGAUGAGAGGCGCCGGUCGUCAAGGAGCAGCCAGGCCAGCUUGGGAGAUCCGGUUCCUGAAGCGUCAAGGAGCAGCCAGGGCGGCCAGGGAGAUGCGGUUCCUGAAGCGUCAAGGAGCAGCCAGGCCAGCCAGGGAGAUGAUGCGGUUCCUGAAGCGAGUGAAGCGGUUCCUGAAGCGAAUGAAGCCUGAGGCAGAACCAGAUCAGGCAGCUCAUAUCAGUGAGGCAGGUCCUGGUCCAGCAGUUGAGGACCAACCCGUUGCUGCGUCCGUGAUGUAGCAGCACAAGAAGGUGAUGCCAUUCCACCGACCCCCAGAAGAGGCGGGGAGUCCACUGUUGAGGCGUCGUGGGCUUCUUGGGCACUAUCUGGGCUCUGGAGAGGUCAUCCUAGUCAUUUUGGUCAUCCUUGUCAUUUUGCUUCUGGGCCUGGGGUAGCUCCCGGUGCUCGAUUUUCAGCACUGGUGUAUAUUUUCUGUAUUUUUGCUGCGCGCCCUCCCCCCAUGCCUUCUUUGAAGGUUCCCCCCAACUCGCUCGAAAGUUGCCUUCGGCUUCUAACCUCGCUCCAUUUUGGAUGCCGCCGUGGCCCUCAAGCAGGCCGAGGCCCCGUCGCCCCCUGCCCGCGUGUCAACGGGCAGGGCAAAAGACACGCAGAAGCAAGAGGAAGAGGAGGAGGAGGAGAAGGACGAGGAUUAUGAUGAUGAAUGACGUAUGGAGGAGGAGGAGGAGGCAGAGCUUCUGAAGGCUUUGGCCACAGCCGCGCAAUGCGCGGCGCUGCCGCACUUGGCCCCGCUUGCUCACCGCAAGCCGUUUUUCCGCUGGCUCGGGCGCUUCCCUCGUCGCAGCAAGCGCAAGCUCGGCCCCGUGCUCGAUGCGCUUUGGAUGCCGCGCAAAGCUCAACGCGGGCUGCCCUGCAAGCCGUCGAGCGCCCCCCUCGGCAAAAUUGGCCACAGGCGGCUUCGGCGGCAGUAGAUGUGAAGAAAGCGUUGCCCCCCCCCCAGACGCUCCAACCUCCUCCUCCUCCUCCUCCUCCUCCUCCUCCUCCUCCUCCUCCUCUCACGAGGUCAUCCUCCCUUGCGCAAUUCGGCAGCAUCAGCUCGAACCUCGCGAUACAGUUAUUCGUGCCCACAGGGGACAUGCCUCUGGGACGUCUCAAGUGUUCCGCAAGCCCGGCCGGCUGCCGCCAGCGACACCUGGGGCGACACGUGACCGAAAGAGGUCCGCGGUUCCUUCCUUGUUUCCACCUCGCCACCGG